CAGAAAGAUGACGGUGAACCAAAUAACCAAAUAUCUUGUUCAUCUUCUUCUUGUUAAAAAUUCAUGAAUCUGUAAACCCCCAACUAAAAAAGGUUUGGUGUCCAACUACAAGGCCGCCCAGAAAGAAAGAUGGAUUCAAGUAGUUGUCCUUCAAAUGCAAUUCCCGUAGUUUCAACCUUCACUUCACCAUUUGAGACUUGUGAUGAUCAGAAAAAGCCCCUCAGCUUGUGGCCUGGAAUGUAUCAUUCUCCUGUUACUAAUGCUUUGUGGGAAGCAAGGUCCAGUAUUUUUGAAAGACUUCUUGAUUUCUCAGUUGAUGCUCCACCCCAGAGUCAACUGCUUACAAGAACUCCUUCUCAGAGCCGCACUGCAAUUCUCUACAAUUUCUCUUCUGAUUAUAUCUUGAGAGAACAGUACAGGGAUCCGUGGAAUGAGGUCAGAAUUGGUAAAUUGCUUGAAGACCUUGAUGCUCUUGCUGGCACCAUCUCAGUCAAGCAUUGUUCUGAUGAUGAUCACAUGACAAGGCCUCUGUUGUUGGUGACGGCUUCCGUCGACAAAAUGGUUCUCAAGAAGUCGAUCAGUGUCGACAUUGAUUUGAAAAUUUCAGGAGCUGUUAUUUGGGUCGGGAGAUCCUCGAUUGAGAUUCAACUGGAAGUCACUCAGCUCACAAAUGGAAGCACUGAUACUUUCAACUCGGUAGCUCUUAUGGCCAAUUUCAUAUUUGUGGCUCGUGACUCAAAGACGGGGAAAGCUGCUCCAGUAAAUCGACUUUCCCCAGAAACUAAAGAAGAGACAUUGCUCUAUGAAGAAGCAGAAGCAAGAAAUGAACUGCGUAAACAGAAGAGAGGAGGUGACAAAAGGGAUAUUGAAAAUGGGAAUAGACUUGAAGCAUUAUUGGGUGAAGGCCGGAUCUUCUCUGACAUGCCAGCCUUGGCAGAUCGAGACAGUAUUCUUCUCAGGGAUACACGUUUGGAGAACUCUUUGAUUUGCCAACCACAGCAAAGGAAUAUCCAUGGCCGGAUUUUUGGAGGAUUUCUAAUGCACCGAGCAUUUGAAUUGGCUUUUUCAACAGCAUAUGUUUUCGCUGGCAUGAUGCCGUGUUUUCUUGAAGUUGAUCACGUCGAUUUCUUAAGACCGGUGGAUGUUGGAGAUUUCUUACGUUUCAAAUCAUGUGUUUUGUACACCGAAUAUGAGAAUGCAGAUAAACCUUUAAUAAACAUUGAAGUCGUCGCACAUGUUACAAAGCCUGAGCUGAGGUCUAGUGAGGUGUCAAACAAGUUCUACUUCACAUUCACCGUGUGUACAGAAGCAAAGGCCAAGUCUAAUGGAUUUAAGAUUCGCAAGGUGGUCCCUGCUACAGAGGAGGAAGCACGAACGAUUUUAGAACGCAUGGAUGCUGAAGUGAUGGAUAAAUGACAAGAUAUAUUAGAUAUAUACAUAAAUAUCUUUUAUAUAAGAACACCCCUGAAUAAACAAGGUUCAGCAGUUAGUUAUGUACCUGAAAGAAUAACCAUUGGUGCAGGAGACUGAUUGGGUUUUUUUCUUCCUUAUUCAUAUAUGCAUCCAUUGUACAAGGCUGCAGUACAUUUCUAUGUUUAACCUUAACAUUACUGGGUGGCAUAUGUUUGCUUAUAUAAAACAGCUGUAGUUACUAGCUAACUAUUACAGAUAUACAGGUUCAAGUAAAAGACUUGGCUAGAGUUGACUCAGUUUCCACAUGUUUAACGUUAUUAUGUUUGAGGUGGUGUCUUGCGAUGCU